AUGGAGGAUCCACUGUUCCGCCGACCGACCCGCUCACUGGCGGGUAAAGUUGCGAUUAUCACAGGAGCCGGAGCCAUCGGUGAUGGCAUUGGAAAUGCGCGUGCAGCCGCAAUCCUUCUCGCUGAGGAUGGCUGCGGAGUCGUGUGUGUCGACAUGAAUAUCAGUCUUGCGCAGCGCACGGUGGCGAUGAUUGAAGUGGAGGGCAAGGGCAAAGCAAUUGCAGUCGAGGCUGAUGUCACUUCCGCUGCGGACUGCCAAAGAAUAGUCAAGGCGGCCGUUGAUACAUACGGCAGGGUUGAUAUUCUGUUCAAUUGCGUGGGCGUGGGCGGAGCGCCUGGCACGGCGGUCGAUGUUGAUAUGGGGGCUUGGGCAAAGAGUUUGGAGAUCAAUGUAUCAUCGAUGGUUCUUAUGUCAAAGUAUGCCAUCCCCGAAAUGGCGAAGAACGACCGCUCCCUGGGCUAUACCGGGAGUAUUGUCAACAUGGCUAGCGUUGCUGGUCUAAAAGGCGGAAAUGCGCAUCUUCUGUAUCCCACAAGCAAAGGCGCGAUCGUGAACAUGACCCGAGCAAUGGCCGCACAUCAUGCACCCGACGGCAUUCGAGUCAAUUGCGUCUGUCCCGGCAUGGUUUAUACGCCGAUGAUGUACGCCAAGGGGAUGAGUGAAGAAGCACGAGCGGCCCGCAAGAACAGGAAUCUCUUGAAAACAGAAGGCAAUGGAUGGGAUGUUGGGGCGGCGGUCCGCUUCCUUGCCGGCGAUGAAGCAAGGUGGAUGACCGGGACCAUUCUCCCAGUUGAUGCAGGUGCAACUGCUGCUAUUGGCACGGAUAUGGCAAAGAACACCGGCGUGAAUGGCUAG